AUGGACAGGGGAGGGGCGGGGUGUGAAGGGUUUACGGAGAUGAGUGUUUAUUUAUUGAUUGAAUUGCGCAAGAAUUUCGAGGGGCGAGGAACGCGCCGUGGCGGGAGGGAGGAGUGGGCGCCCAGUGGGUGGUAA